GAGCAUAGUGUCACCUAGUAUGUGUUCCAACAAUUGUUCUAGUGAACACGUAUCUCCAGUAGAUGGCUGCAGCAUUCUCCACCUACAGACGCUUUCAAACCUUUCAAACAGUACAUAUCUGGAAGAACGGGAGUAAAUAACGAGUGAGGUUAAAUGUAUUGAAUUAAAAAAAACAGUUUAAUUUUCUUAUGAGCACGUAAUAAAGAACGAGAACAAUGGGUGAACGUAAAGGAACAAACUUAUAUUACCCACCGGAUUAUGAUCCACGAGUUGGUGGACUCAAUAAAUUUCUUGGUACCCAUGCAUUACGCGAAAGAGCACGUAAAUUACACAUGGGUAUCCUUAUUAUUAGAUUUGAGAUGCCAUUUAAUAUAUGGUGCGAAGGAUGUGGAAAUCACAUAGGAAUGGGUGUUCGCUAUAACGCAGAGAAGAAGAAGAUUGGAAUGUAUUAUAGCACACCUUUAUAUCAGUUUCGUAUGAAAUGUCAUCUUUGUGAUAAUCACUUUGAGAUAAAGACAGAUCCAGGGAACCUAGACUAUGUAAUUGUGAGUGGAGCAAGACGGCAAGAGAAUAGAUGGGACCCUAAAGAAAAUGAACAGAUUGUACCAGAGACAAAAGAAGUGUCUUGUAGGCUUUAUGAUGAUGCAAUGUAUAAAUUGGAACAUGGUAUAGAAGAUAAGAAAGUAGCAAAAUCAAGAGAUUCUUCCUUGGAAAGUGCAAUAGCAUUGAAUGAGGCUACAUGGAAAGAUGACUACACUUCGAACUGUGCACUACGUUCUGCAUUUAGAAUGAGAAAAAGUGAGUUACAGAAGAAGCAAGGUAUUGAUCAGAUAUUACUUAAAAAAAGUGGACUAAAUAUUGAUUUAGUGCAUGAACACGAAGAUGACGUGAAGUUGGCUAGGUUGUUGGUGCAUAAAAAAGAUGGAAAGAAAAGUGGUCACCAUCCUUUAAAACGAUUGGUCUCUAUUGUACGUUCCAAAGAUAAGUUGAAAACAUUAUCGCAGUCUGCGUCGAACAGUGAGAUUAAAAAAUAUAAAAAUGACAUGCCAAAGCUUCCUGAAUUGAAGCCACAACCCUCAACUUCGAAAACGGUGACCAGUGCACUAAGUACGUCGCUGGUUACUUACGAUAGUUCUGAUACGGAUGAUUCAUAGUAUUUAUGGCCAAUGAUUAGUGUAAUAUAUUGUAAAUAAUAUUUAUAAUCAAUACAGACUGUACUAUUUUGUUUACCA